AUGAAGUCUGUGCUCCUCGUUGGCGGAUCCGGUUUUCUUGGGCUUCACCUUGUGGAAAAAUUCUACAAUUUGUCGCCUCGCCCAGAUAUUCAUGUCUUUGAUGUUAGACAAAUCCCGGAUACUCUUUCGAAGUCUUUCACUUUCGACCCGAAUACCAUCAAAGUUCAUAUUGGAGACUUAAAGUCCACGGAGGAUGUGGCGAAUGCGCUUCGCACUAGUCAGGCCGAUGUUGUCGUGCACUCGGCUUCUCCAAUGCAUGGAUGUAGUCAAGAGAUAUAUGAGAAGGUCAAUGUCGAGGGGACCAAGAACCUUUUGGCUGUUUCCAAAAGCAUGCACGUUAAAGCAUUUGUCUACACUUCAUCGGCCGGCGUUAUAUUUAAUGGGCAGGAUAUUCAUAAUGCUGACGAGUCUUGGCCGAUUCCUGAAGUCCCUAUGGAUGGAUACAAUGAAACAAAGGCGACCGCGGAGUCAAUGGUACUAAAAGCAAACAGUCCAAAGGAUGGUUUUUACACCAUUGCUCUAAGACCAGCGGGGAUUUUUGGCCCUGGUGACCGUCAAUUGGUCCCAGGCUUGAGAAAUGUUGCGAAAAUGGGACAAUCGAAAUUUCAAAUUGGAGACAACAACAAUCUAUUUGACUGGACGUAUGUGGGAAAUGUUGCCGAUGCCCAUGUUCUGGCUGCUGAAAAGUUAUUGGAUGCUACUUCGUGUCCUCGCGUCGCGGCAGAGACAUUUUUUAUCACAAAUGACUCUCCUGCUUAUUUCUGGGCUCUUGCCAGGACUGUUUGGAGAGCAGAUGGCCAUGUGGACAAAUAUAAUAUUGUUCUGUCGAGGCCUCUGGCUAUUUUCGUAGGACAUUUGUCUGAGUUCUUCUCGAAAAUUACUGGCAAAGAGCCGGGUCUUACGCCUUUUAGGGUAAAAAUCGUAUGUGCUUACCGUUACCAUAACAUCAGCAAAGCGAAGAAGCUUCUGGGUUACAAGCCGAACGUUGAUAUCGAGGAAGGUAUUGCCAAAACGCUGGCUUGGAUGGACGAGACAGCAUAG